AUGUCGCGGUUCCUGGGAGCUAACAAUUCAGGGGUACCGGAUCCCAUCCCAACAUCACCAGAUGCUGUUUUCCUCCGACCGGCUGAACCAUCGCCCCGUUCCGAGCGGUCGCAAACAAAUAGUAUUCCUGGGGCUCAUUGGGCUAAGGAGCUAAUUGGACGCAUCCGAUCCAAUUCUAUUCAUCAUCCAUCUGUACAUCAUUAUCUCCAUUUUCAUCACUCCAUUGAAGAUUCCGAACCAAACCAUCAUCUCCACAACCUUUAUCAGCACGCUCAACACCCGCGGCGCCAGCGGCGGCACUCAGCACCACGGGAUGCUGAGCCAGCAAUACUUGACCCCGAAACCAUUGACCCGCGUCGUCUACCAAAAACCCACGGACCAACCAGUGCCUGUUUGCAAUUUUCCAAAAAGCCGUUACAGCACAUCACUAGCAAUUCGUCCACAUCGACCCCAAUCCCAGUCAACAUGUCUCCGGUACAUUUUUACUCAGGUGUGACCAGUGCGACAGGUAGCUCCGACCAAUCGCAGUUGAGUUGCUCUGCUAUUGAAGAGUUGCGUGGCGCUGUUGAUAUUCUUGCCGGACGUUGCCAAGCAUUCCCUUCAACCACCAAGAUCACUCGUGUAGGUGUUCGUGUCAAACGGGCCUCAGAAUCGGAGCAUCUGCUAGUUGUCAGUCGAUCUCUGUCUGAUUCUAAGGAGGAGUUCCCUACUUGUUCUUUCGGUCACUUCGAUGAGAAUCACGUCUACGGAACUCUGUUUCGUCACAGCACAUGUUAUGAUGUGCUUCCGGACAGUGGCAAGUUGGUCGUGUUGGAUUCCAAAUUGGGGGUUGUUCGCGCCAUUCGCGCCCUUCUGGAAAACGGGGUGCAGGCUGCACCGAUAUGGCAUGCUGCCACUCAACGCGUUACCGGCUUGUUCUCGCAAGAUUUCGCGCUACAUCUACUUUCCUCAUUGUAUCAUUAUGGCUCAGUCACUGAAAUGAAUGACCAGGCGUCCAGCAGUCCCACGGUGUUCAGCGACUCCAACCAAGAACCAUAUCAAGCGGCUACUGAUCCUACUUCACAGUCGAACAGUAUAGCUCACGGAUUGCGAAUCUGGGGAUCGAAGCGGCUCAGCGAUGUGCUUCGUCUUUUCUACCCACCAGAACAUCACAACUCGUCGCCAGAAUUCGCGGAUUCCGCUCUGAUUGUUCCUCCUCAAAUGGGUUUGCAAAAAGCAUUGUGUCGUCUAGUCCACAAAUCCCACUCGCAUCGAAUUCAUUCACGUCACCGAUCCAAAUCCGAAUCCAGUGAUCUUACUCAAAACAGCCUCUUUCGCUCUGAUUCUGGAAAGGAACAACAUCGUUUGCGAAGUAAGCCUGUCCGCCAGAAUUCUAUGGACCUUUUCGAUUGGGAAUUCCCUGAGAAUUUCAUUUUGGGUCCAUUUCCGGAUGCGGCAGUUGAGCAACCGGUGAACAAAAUUCUCGAAACGAAAAUUCAGGUCACUUGCCUCGUAUUGUUCGAUGUCUCUGCUCAUUCCUCAUGGGCAUCACCACAUCUAGUCGGAAUGGUUACGGCUAAAGAUUUAUUACAAGCCAUCGUGACCACUGAACCACACAACCGUCACCGCCAUCGUUCGCACCUGUACACUCGCCAGCACUGCCAACACAAUGCGACUCCUCAGUCUGUUGAUGCACAAUCAACUCAGUCCACGGAACCCAUGCUAGUGGACGAAGUGAACGAUGAUGAUGUAUCAAAUGACGAGGUCAGAGGUGACACCGAUCCUUCGGAUGUGUCCGACCCGUGUGCUCAUGCCCUGGGCCUGACGCACAGCCAGCACGUCCGAUUGCAACAAACACACUCUAAUUCGUUGCUGGGUCUUUCACAUCCCAAUUCAUCCUCCCAUUCCUCCUCCUCCCUAUCAUCCGGGAGCACAUUCUCAGCCGGAUGUAGUUCAGCGUCUGAGUUUGAGGAGUGUGAGGAAGAUCGAAAUCCGGAACAAGAUGCGGGUGAACCCAAUCUGAACGACACCAGACAUUUGAGCUUGGAUAAAAACAUGUCCGGUUCGGAGGAUCCUGCCCGAUCGAGCACCCAUUCUCAUGCUCAACCGCAUCAAUAUCAUCAUCGUGUCUCGUCUGCCUCAUCGGACUGUUGUUCAUGUGCGUGUCAUCAAUCUGGUUCCGCACCGAUAGCCCAGCUUCGACCAACAAACCACUGGGAUGGAACCGGCACUGUACCCUACUCGAUACAAUCACAUCCCGUCGAAAUGGGCAAUGUGACGGAAACCACGGGUCGUUCCUUACCUUAUCCUCGGGCGACGGAUUCGGUAGACAAUCGAAAAACCGGCAAUUCUUUUACCAUACGUCUUACGAACACCCUUGCAACUUCGGUUCAUAACCAAAAAUCACCCACUUCGCCGACCACUGCUUCUUCCGCUCCACCUGUUCGCAUCCCAAUUGUUGGUCCUCCCACAUCCCUCGAUACGGCAUUCAACAAUCGUCAACGAAGGUCACAAACAAGAUCGCAAAAGAAAAUUUGCAAACGGGAUGAAGAUGAUUCUGUGUUUCGAAUGGAUCAAUGA